UGUUUAAAGCUGGUCUUCUCAUGCCCUGUCCAACCUUUCCAGGAGUAUGCAUCUACCGUGCGGAGAGCAGUACAGUCUGGCAGCGUCAACUUGAAGGACAGGCUCACCAUUGAGCUACACGCGGAUGGGCGCCAUGGGAUUGUCCGCGUAGACCGAGUUCCAUUGGCAGCCAAGUUGGUGGAUCUGCCCUGCAUCACUGAGAGCUUAAAAACCAUUGAUAAGAAAACCUUCUAUAAGACAGCAGAUAUUUGCCAGAUGCUUGUUUGCACUGUGGAUGGUGACCUCUAUCCCCCUCUGGAAGAGCAAACCGUGAGCACUGACCCCAAGGCAAACAAGAAAAAGGACAAGGACAGAGAGAAGAAGUUCAUCUGGAACCAUGGCAUUACUCUUCCCCUGAAAAAUGUGCGGAAGAGACGAUUCCGGAAAACAGCUAAGAAGAAGUAUAUUGAGUCUCCUGAUGUGGAAAAAGAGGUGAAGCGUCUCCUGAGCACCGAUGCUGAAGCUGUCAGUGUCCGCUGGGAAGUCAUUGCUGAAGAUGAAACUAAAGAAGUGGAUAACCAUGGCUCACUCACCAGCCUAGACAUCUCCUCCCCAGGGAUGUCUGGACAUAAACAAGGCCAUGGCUCCUCAGAACAUGAUGAACUGCGGGAGAUAUUUAAUGACAUCAGCAGCAGCAGCGAAGAUGAGGAUGAGAGGGAUCAUCAUGAUGACGAGGAUCUGAACAUCAUGGACACGGAGGAGGACUUGGAGAGGCAGUUGCAGGACAAGCUGAAUGAGUCUGAUGGGCAGCAGCAGGAGAACGAGGGGUCCAACCAGAUAGUCAUGGGGAUCCAGAAACAGAUCGACAACCUGAAGAGUAAACUCCAGGAGACCCAGGACAGGAGGAAACGCCAGGAGGAUCUCAUCAUGAAAGUAGAGAACCUGGCCCUCAAGACACGUCUCCAAGCCGUGCUGGAUGAGUUCAAGCAGCAGGAAGAGCGAGAGAAGCAGCAGAUGACCUCUCUGCAGGAGCAGCUGGAAUCUCUCAUGGAGAAGUGAGGAGCAGUCCUGGCCAGAGCGGGUCUUUGUGCCUCUGAGCAGGCCUGCUGCCAUGCUGCUUCAUCCCCCGUGCUGAAGUCUGUUCUGGUCCCACACCUCUGCUGCCAGAAGUGCUUCUGGGCAGCGCUAGAGGCUCGGUGUCCAGAGCUGCUCUCAUGUACCUCAUGCCGGGUUCAGCUGGUGGGGCUAAAGGAAAGAAUUAGACUGCCUGUGAGAGCAGCAGAAACACGCGGGUUUACUGUACCUAUUGAGGGCCAUUCUCCCAAAGGGGUUUAAUUCGCUGGGCCCGUGCCGUACAGCUUUCUGCAUCUCAUUGGCUGUUGGACUUGGGCUCUGGCCCGCUGGGAGCUUGUUUCUGUGUUUGGGGACUGUUUGUAUCUGCAAACCAGAUUCAAUAAAGCACCAUUUACAGCC